AAGGGACGAACAAAAAUGUUUGAUGCUACAGCUAUAGAACAGUGCUCAUUCCAUGAGCAGUUGUUAGCAGAAAAUCUAGCAACAUUUGAGGUUUUUGUAAACUUAGCUUUGUUUGGGAAUGCAUUUAUGUGUGUCCUAGUCAAGAUAAAAAGGGGACUAACUCUUGCCACUUGUUUCCUUUCUAAAUCUAUCAGUGAGAACCAGCAAUUCCUGAAGGAGGUGGUACAUAAUGUUCUUGAUGGGCAAGGUGUUGGCUGGCUGAACAUGAAGAGAGUCCGACGUCUGCUGGAGAGUGAGCAGCUCCGUGUCUUCGUACUAAGCAAGCUAAAUCGCACGAUCCAGUCGGAAGAAGAUGCUCAGCAGGAUAUCAUACAGGAUGUGGAGAUCAGCCGCAAAGUUUAUAAAGGCAUGCUGGACUUGCUAAAGUGUACUGUGUUGAGCCUGGAGCAGUCAUAUGCAAAUGCUGGCCUGGGAGGCAUGGCCAGUGUUUUUGGCCUUCUAGAAAUAGCACAUACUCACUAUUACAACAAAGAACCAGAAAAGAGAAAACGAAGCCCAACAGAUGGUUCUGUCACUCCAGUUGGCAAAGAUCCUGCAUCAUCUCCAAGAGUGGAGCCGAAACCUCCCAUGCAGCUGCCAGUACCACAGCUGAUACCGAAGGCACCAAGCCCUGCAGGGAAAGGGCUAAGAGAGUUUGAUACAAGGAGUCUAAAGGAAGAAAAUUUUAUUGCUUCCAUUGAAUUGUGGAACAAGCACCAGGAAAUGAAAAAGCAAAAAUCUUUGGAAAAAACGAGUAAGGAAAUAAUAAAACAUAGAAAACUGACUCCCACAGCCUCCCCCAUAACUGCCAACUCCCCAGAUGCGGGAUGAGCUUGCAUCUAUGGCACACAGCUUUUAUACCCACAAAACAAAAUUAGGUAAAAGACUAAGUCCAUCAGGAAAGCUUGCUUUAUAGAGGAGUCCAAACAGAUCAGUCUGCUCUGGGGAAAUUUUGUUCAAAUGUCUCGUCUUUUUUUAUUUAUUUCUUUUCUUU